CUCUCAUGGAGCAACAGUGGACCAUCGUUUACGAAUACUUAUGCAUGGGUUAUCUAUGUCAUGUGACCAACUCACUUCAUGCAGAAUCCUGGAAAUCACUUCUGUGCAGAUGAGGAACCAAAUCAAUGCUUAAGCAACUGGUGGCAAAUUCUUACUCUGUGGGAAAUAGAAAAGUGUUUGUGAGCAGAAAGUAUGCCUCCCAAGUUCAAGCGACACCUAAAUGAUGAUGAUGUCACUGGGUCUGUGAAAAGUGAAAGGAGAAAUCUUUUGGAAGAUGAUUCAGAUGAAGAAGAGGACUUUUUUCUACGGGGACCAUCUGGACCAAGAUUUGGGCCUAGAAAUGAUAAAAUUAAGCAUGUUCAGAAUCAGGUGGAUGAAGUUAUUGAUGUAAUGCAAGAAAAUAUUACAAAGGUAAUUGAAAGAGGAGAGAGACUAGAUGAACUGCAGGACAAAUCAGAAAGCUUAUCGGAUAAUGCAACUGCUUUCAGCAACAGAUCCAAACAACUCCGAAGGCAAAUGUGGUGGCGUGGAUGCAAAAUAAAAGCCAUCAUGGCUUUGGCUGCAGCUAUCCUUUUGCUAAUGAUUAUCAUUCUUAUAGUUGUGAAAAACCGUACUUGAUUUGGUGACAGAGAUCCUCAUUAAACAAGAUCUGGGACAAUAAUAAUUAAAGAUUGCUGCAUAAUUUAAAUGAAACCUGUGUAUAUAACUUUCAAAUUUUCUUUUUCAAGAAACUAAAAGGCAAGUACCACUUCAAAUUGGAGCAUUGAGAAUAUCCAGUUACCUUCUUCCCAACUAGCAAAAUGUGUUUUGAAUAAUUAUAUUUAAGGCAAAGAUAACUCUAUUUUGCUUUAUUCCAAGGAUCUAAUUUGAAACUAGAUACUUGCCAGUUUGUUAUAUGUAUAUAUAGUUAAACACUGAUGACAAUAUUCAUACUUGUAUUUUAGUGUCAUUAAAAACAUUUAUUAUUUCAUUAACGUGAGGGUCAAGCUGCUGGUCAGGAUGCCUGUGUAGAAUCCUGACUCUUAUGCUGAAAGAGAUUCAUAACCAUCCCAUCAGUAUUUGCAAGAAUGUCAUUUUUUCAUAUUGCAGUUGCUUUACAGGCAAUCUCCGCAUUUAUGGAUUAACAAAAGCUAAGUGUUGUAAAUGUUUCUGCCUUCAGCUCUACCUGAAAACAUUCCAGUAAACCUAUUCUGACUGUAUAAGGGAAUACAUGGUAACUUUUUGGUAUUUGCAUUUUGAAAAUGGGAAACUUUAACAGUGUGAAAUGCAUAAUAUGGUACCAUAAAACUGGAGAUAAUAAAAAUAUUGGAGAAUGUCA